AUGAAACCCCUCCCCUUCCCAUUCCCCCUGAACAUUGGCACAGACAUCCGAAGUCCUCAAAGCGCGCGCCGCAUAUCACCAGCAGCCUCCCCCGUGCCAGCGGACAUAACACGCUGGCUGGCGGGGCGCUUCGCAGCGAAGGAGGCCGCGCGCAAAGCGGCGCCGUCUGGUGCGGCUUCGAUUGGCUGGAAGGAUGUCAUGGUCCGGAUACAGGAGGAUGGAGGAAGUUUUGGAGAGGGUGUGAGUCGGAGACCUGAGAUUGUUUAUCUUGGGAAUGCGCUGGACGGGGAUGCGGGUGAAGGGAGGGUUGCGAAGUUGUCGAUUUCGCAUGAUGGGGAGUAUGUUGUGGCUACUGUUUUGGCUGCUGGGUGA